CUGUGGUUAUUCGAUUCGCGGUGCGGUGUAAUGCGGCACACCGCAUUUAUUUCUCAAUUGAUUAUAUUGUAAGGCACUGUUGAUCAGAUAAAAUAGUCCAAUAUAAUAAUUUUUACAAUGGCUCAGGCGGGUAUUGAAAAGUUAUCCUUAAAGGAGAUUUUCACGUCGGAUAAGAGAGGUAAUGAUGAAACUGGAAAUGGUACUGAAGAAAAGCCGUUUAAAACGAUCCUUCAGGCAAUGCGUAAAGCGGGGAAGGAGCCUUUUCCAACGAUCUACGUUGACUCUAAAGAGGAAGGGAAAAUUUACGAUGUAGCUGCCAAGUCUCAACUUAAGAAAAUUCAGAAGAUCUGGGUAAGAGAAGCCCACAAGGCAGCGGAUAAGGCUAAGCUUGAGGAGGAAACCAAUGAGAAGAGAUUGCAGAACUUGGAAGAAGCAAAGAAAAUUGUCAUUAAGAACGAUCCGAACUUGCCGAACGCAACAACUGUCAAGAUUUAUGAGACUCCUGAGCAUCGUGGGAAGCGUAUCUGUGUCCGUGGCUGGGUGCACCGGUUACGAAGACAAGGCAAAUCCCUGAUUUUCCUCACACUCCGUGAUGGCACGGGCUACUUGCAAUGUGUACUCCAUGGCCUCCUCUGCCAGACCACCAACGCUUUGGUGUUGUCAACUGAGUCUUCAGUAAUUAUCUAUGGCUCAUUGGAGGUGUUGCCUGAGGGAAAAACUGCACCGGGCGGGCAUGAGUUGACAGCUGACUACUGGGAGCUGGUGGGCCUAGCACCUCCAGGCGGAGCAGAUGCCAUCCUCAACGAAGAGGCCCUUGUUGAUGUGCAGCUUGAUAACAGGCAUAUAAUGAUACGCGGUGAAAACACAUCGAAGAUUCUCCGUGCCCGCGCGGCUGUCACACGGGCCUUCCGCGAUCAUUUCUACGCGCGCCACUACACGGAGGUCACACCACCGACGCUGGUGCAGACCCAGUGUGAGGGAGGCAGCACGCUGUUCAAGUUCAGCUAUUUCGGCGAGGAAGCAUACCUAACUCAGAGCUCGCAAUUGUACCUGGAAACUUGCCUGCCGGCGUUAGGAGACGUGUACUGCAUCGCGCAGUCUUACCGCGCAGAGCAGUCUCGCACUAGACGCCAUCUUGCUGAAUACAGCCACGUGGAAGCAGAAUGCCCGUUCAUCACAUUCGAGGACUUGUUGGACCGUCUGGAGGACUUGGUGGUCGAUGUAGUCGACCGCGUGCUUGCCUCGCCCGACGCGCAACUCGUCCACGAGCUCAACCCCAACUUCAAGAGGCCCAAGAGGCCGUUCAUGAGGAUGGCGUACACGGAGGCGCUGGAGUACCUCAAAGAGAACAACAUCACCAAGGACGAUGGCUCCUUCUACGAGUUCGGAGAUGACAUCCCCGAGCAGCCCGAGCGCAAGAUGACCGACGCGAUCGGCGUCCCCAUACUACUGCACAGCUUCCCCGCCGAGAUCAAGUCGUUCUACAUGCAGCGCUGCGCCGACGACCCGCGCCUCACGGAGUCCGUGGACGUGCUCAUGCCGGGCGUGGGGGAGAUCGUCGGCGGCUCCAUGAGGUCCUGGGACUACGACCAGCUCAUGGAAGGCUACAAGCGGGAGGGCAUCGACCCCUCCCCCUACUACUGGUACACGGACCAGCGCAAGUUCGGCUCGACGCCGCACGGGGGCUACGGGCUGGGGCUGGAGCGCUUCCUGUGCUGGCUGCUCGACCGCUACCACAUCCGCGAGGUCUGCCUCUACCCGCGCUUCCUCGAGCGCUGCACUCCUUAGAUACCACUAUAAAGGUCACUAGUCUUUACUGGCCUGAAUUAGCUAUGAAUCGUUUGUCUUUAUCUGUAAUUUUGACUUAUGUAUUUGUGAGAAAAGGAUAAAACAUAAUUUUACUAAAUCAGGCCCGUAAAGUUUUAUGAAUAAGGGGGUAACUCUGCACCGAUUUUACAGUGAUAUAUGUAAUAUUUUCAUAGGACAUUUGAUGUUUAAAGUACCACAUACACACUGACACGUGGAUAUAUUAGAUUAUUUAUAACCUUAAUACACCAAAAAAUCGCAAAAUUAUAUUGAUAUAACAGCUUUCGCCGUACCCAAGCUGUGUGAAAACGCUGUAAAUCGAUGCAGUGUUAGCUUAGACUAACUUUAACUGCGUUGUGACUCUUAGGGUCGGUUGCACUAAACCGUCUGUCACCGUUAAAGCGUUCGCCAAAUUUCCUAGAUCUCUGCAACGUGACAUUGAUCAGUCUGUUAACUGUGGUUGGCGCAACUGGCUCUUAGUAAGGGACCUCCAACUGCUACGCAUGCGGUGAAAGAAGAAGAUUCAUACAUUACAACGCGCACGUCGUAUCGUCAAACCUUCAUUUAGAUUGACUAACAGAUAUAUAUGUCUGAUUAAAAAAUCGUGUGGUUAAUUUUAAUAGGCGCUUGACCCAUUUCUUCCAGGGGUUAUACGAAACGAGACCUUAAGUCGUCUAAAUAAGGUUUAUAAACGGUUACUUCAGUGUACUCAUGCCAGUGUUGUUUGUUUAAAAUUAAAUUGUUCCAGUGUUUUUGCAUUUGAUCGUCUUAAAUAUUGUUUAUACAUAAGGUAAACGUACUGGUGCUCGACGCGGUCCCCGUACAUGACAUCUUGAAACUUAAGUCAUUGUCAAUAGAGGUGACAGCAAGGUGUCAUCUAUUGGGCAUUAGCAUGUCGAGCACUAGUUCAUUUACCUUAAAUACUAUUUAUUUAUUAUGCAUUUUUCUACGGUUGCUAGUUCUAGAACUUCUAGAGUCAAAAGAUAUAGAUAUAUCUUGGUCCGACAUUAUUAUGAUGAUGUUGUCGGAUAUUAUUAGAUAAUAAUAUGAUGCAAAACAUUUUUUGGGAUAUGAACCCUAAUGUAAGUACUAUAGAGUUCUUAUUUCAAAUUCAAGCUUCAUUCAUGAAGUCAAACAAUGCCAUUUCUUGUGUUGACUUAAGACUAAGCAUUUUUGUUUAUGAUAGGUAUUGGAAAUAAUAUCUGGAAGUGUUUUAUGAAGAGUUCGAUAAUAACGGAAUGUAUUAAAUGAAAUACAGCUUGUUUAAGUAAGUUA